UCGCCUCAUUCUGACCAAACACUCACACCUUCGCCACCGACAGACACGUCUUCCAGUGACACGACUGUCCAAACGCAGUCCAGAAGACAAAUGAGACAAUUGAGACGUCAACAGCAACAGCAGCACACCAUUCAGAACAGGAACACCACUCCAACCAACAUCAAUGUUCAUGUGAGAGCUGGUGUUUUGGAUGAGUUGAAAGUGUUGUCUGAGAUGCAGAGCCGUGAAGUAUAUGCGGGCAAGAAGUUGAUGACCAAAGCAAAUAUGGAGCGCCAGAACAAAGUGCUGGUUCAGCGCAAUCACCCGCAGACUCGCCGAUCAAAGAUGUCGGUGCGACCUAACGGUAUAUACAAUAAUAGGAAAAACUGUUGACUUUAAGCCAAUUCAUAACUCAAUACAACACUACAUGAGUUUGUAUUUCCAUUCAAACACACAUUUAUUUGAUUUUUCGUUUAAUCUCUGAU